AAGUUUCACCUGUAUAUAUAUAUAUAUAUAUAUAUAUAUAUAAUCACUAACACACUGACCUGUUUUCAGCAGAGGUGAGCUUAUGUUGAUGAUAUAAAAAGCCUUUUAUUUUUAAGUUUAGUUUGAUUUUAAAUAAUGAUAAUGAUCUUCUGAAAUCUCUCAGGACUUUAUGCUAUAGUGUAAAUGUACAACAUAUUAAGAAACAACAUUUUUGCACAUUUAGCUGUGUUUGAUCAUUUGUUUACUUUUUUUUUACAUUCCAGAUUGUGUGUUUAUUAGUUAAUUCUAUAGACAUUAUUUCUGUAUGUUUCUAUAGGCUAUUGUGUACAGUAAAUCAAAUAAUGUAUUUGUUUUGUACAUUCUUUGUGCCAUAAUUCGACACAGAUCAUGCUAAAUUCAUACUACUAAAGUACAUAAAUCCCUUGCUAAUACAAUAUUUUUAAGGAAUGCAUAUUCUUGGUUGACUUCUCUACCUAUGUCAUGUUUCACUUCAACUCUGGGAACAUUUAAGAGGUGUAUGUACAUGUGCAUGAAUAUCUCAGCAAUUCACAUAUACAAAUGCACUGUUCUGCAAAACCAAGUUUGUGUUUAAUGUCCAGAGAAUCAACAAUCUUGUUAACAAUGUUAAUGUCUGGGAAUAAAGCUCAAUUACUUUCAUGUCAGCUUUAAGUAACCAGUUGCCUUUUUGUUAUUGCUUCAUAUAUAAAGACUUUUUGACUGUUACACAGAAACUUAAACAUGUUCUUUGUUAUUUCACACAAAAGGGAAAACACUGGGGAGCAAAAAUAAAUAAAUAAAUAUAUAUAUAUAUAUAUAUAUUUGGAGAUAUAUUGAAAAGACCAGCAUAGCUGAUCAAAAGCCAAUGUUGUGUUAUGGUUGCUGGUAACCAAUAAGUCAAUUAGCUUCAUCAGUGCUGGUCCACUGCUAUACCAAAACCAAAACAACACUAACCAGCAUACUUUGCCCUGCUGGAUUUACUAAUGGGGAGAACUUAACCCUGGAACAGGUGAUGUGUCUUUAAACACCAGGCUGUCACCAUAAAAGUGUUCAAACUUCACUAUCAGCACUUUAAACCCUCCCUUGUAUGAGUCUUACUCUCAAAUCAGAGCUGUCCACUAGAGCCUUCAUUUAAGUGCUGUAAUCACUCAAGUUCUUUAAGAGAAGUGCAUCUGGAUUGGAGAUUUCUUCGUUGCCAUGGAAAUUAUUCAUCAAUUUCCAGUUUUUCAGAUCUUCGUACCUAUUGUAACGUGUGCUGUUUUGGCAAUCUGCUGUGCUAGUUUCUUUAAAUUGUUCCAGCGGGCCCGUAAAGAGCGUUCGGAGCGUCUAGCAGCUCAGGCUCAAGCCCUGGAACAAGUGCCUGUCUAUGUCAUUCCAAUGUCUCUGUCUGAAGAUGACCUGCACAGACCACCACGAUACAGCACAGUACAAUUCAACGAUCCACCUCCUGCAUAUAACGAGCUGAAGCCUGAGGCCCUUCCACUGGAACCUCCUCCUGCAUACUCAGAGUCUGUCUCUCCUCCACCAGCACAUUUAUAACCACACCAACUGUGUCUCCUGAUAUACAAGACUGUCACAAGCACUUGGAUUCAUGAGAGUGGAUAUGUGAAAAACCCUCCAGAAAAUGAGGAAACUCAACAUUUUCCAAGACUUCUCCAAGGACUCAUGCUACCUGUGCAAAUGUUUUAAUUAUGAUAAAGUCAAUGUUUUACAGUGUGAUUCAGAUGGGAUUCUGUGCUGGUCCUACAGAGACAUAGAGGUGGAAUAUUUUGUACAGUGAGCAGCAGGAACUUGGUGAAAAGAUUUAAAGUAUAUUUUAUAUCUUCUGUUUUGUGAAUACUUGUAUAUUUGUACAUGUUCUAUAUUUUGCUGACUUUUUAAGUGUAUGAAUUGUGAAUUGUGUUAAUUUAUAAUGGUAAAUAUAAAGCUAAAUAGUUGACUUAUGUGAAAAUGAGCUGAAAUCUUUAUGUAUGGAACAAAUACUAAAAUAAAAUUGUU